CUUUAUCUCUCCUCCUUCAUUUCUUUGUAUGUUUCUCUGUUGUGAACCUCUAGUCUAUGGCAUUUAUUACCUAGUUGUGUUUCAAGUGCUGUAAAACUGUUUCAAUAAUAAAACUAAAGCUUAACCUUGAGGAAACUCAGCUUGUUUCUACAGUAGAGGAACCUUUUGGAUUUUGAGUGUGUUAAGUCAAUGCAGUCAUGUGCUCUUUAUUUCAGUGACUUUCAAGAACACCACACUGAAGUACUGUAUAUCUGACAAUCUGAGACAGAAUGCCUAAUGUUGAGCAGCCCACCAUCUUAUUCUUGCAAAGAUGGAAUUCUGCAGACGGACCAAGAGAUUUCAGCAUUCACAGCUAUCGGAACACUAUUGCAGAUUUAGUUGACAAUUUUCUCACUGAUUUAGAUGAUGUUGUGAAAUCCCUGGAAACUGACGGAAAUGCUAGCGGAAGUCUUCGUUCUCUUACUAUGUGUCUGGAGUUUUUAAGAGAGAAUGGGGAGAUUUUUCAUCACAUAUCAUCAGAAUCUUCAACAUCUGAGAAUCUGAGGGUACUGCAGGAAGAAAACACCUCACAAGCAUUUUGCUACUGGUUUUUGCGUCACUUGCUGAGACUGCUGGGUCACUCGGAGUGUGGGGAAGUUCACGCCGUCACCAUCAAGCUGGUCAUUCACAUUCUGCAGGCUAUCAAACUCAGACAUGUUUUUGUUUUUCGCCAACAUGUCACUGAGCUGGUGAAGACAUGCGGAGAGCUAGUAGCGCUGAGUGACCGUCUGUAUGCUGGAGAGCAAACGGUGGCUCUCACCAGUUUCUACUCAGACAUUGACCUGGCACAGCAGAGUCUCCGGAGUCUAUCAGAAGGGUCAAAGUGAAAAAGAAAUACUGGAGCGGUCCGGCUCAGAAAUGUUGUCCAGUUUGAUUCACUCGGACACCAGGGGUCUACUUCCCUCACGGCAGACGUUUUUCCGUCAGUUCACCGAGAAAGUUUGUAUGGGAGGCUUGGACAACCUGCUGACCGUGCAGUCUAAGAGGACACUGGUCAGCAUGUUUGUCCAUCUGUUGAGAGGGAUUCCUUCCUCUGACCUGUUUGACCGGCUUAACAGACCAGCCACUGAGAUUUUGAUAUCGCACGCUGUUGGUCUCAUGGCCUCUGCAAGCAGCUGCGAGUACCUAAUUCCCCUGCUGUAUGAGCUGACGUUAAUGGAGGUGGGUUGCGGUAGCUCACAAAGGGAUACUGAUUACAGCAGUUCUUCUCAGGACAGUGCCACGCAGCGACGGACCAGUGAGCUGGGGUCACUGGCACAUAGCAAGAAAAAAGCAGAUACGAGUCUCAGUUUGAAGAGAACGAGUUUUCAUAUGUACGACAGAAUCUUGGAAAAAGAAACAGAGCUGACGUCAGACAGAGGGUGCCCUACUAUGCUGGAGAUAAAGUGUCAUUUGACUGUCGUGGAAGUCGGGGCAAGAUGUCUUCAGGCUCUCCAUGCAAGGGGUUUUGCUAUAAGCGACAAGACACAUCAUCCUUUCUUGAAAGAAUUCAUCAUCAAUUCUGCCCUUGAUUGUUGGAUCCGCUAUCUGAAGAGCGUGGCCUCGAAUUCAGAUUCUCUCAGUUCUUUUAUUGAAAAGUUCAGCGUUAUCUUGAGGUCCAUAGAGGACAUUUUGUUGGUGCAAGAAUUUCAUCCAAUGCCGAUGAUGGUGCUACAAGAGCUCUCCUGGAUUCUCACCCUGCCAUGGCUUGCUAAUGAUUUUUCCUGGAAAGACCUGAAGCCUUUGAAACCUAAAGAGGUGGGGAAUAUUUGCGCAUCACUAGUGGAAAAGCUUGAAUGACAACAAUGAGACCAUUCUGAAAACAGCAGUGAGAUGCUUUCCCGUUCUUUUGCAUCAACUGGGGCCAAAGAGUGGUCAUCUUGUUGACCAGCUGUUUGUGCCUUUGCUGAAUCAUGAAAGUGUGACCGUGUGUCAGGAGCUUGCAGAGAGGUUUGGGGAAGCCUUGUUGGCCAAGGCGAAUGUCACAAAACUUCGCAGAUGUGCCUGGAAUGCUGGUCAGCUGGACUGUGCGGACGUCAGAGUCGAGGUUGCUGCGUCCAACACUGGGAAAGUUUUGAAACUGGAGGAGGUCACCCCGUUCUUCUCCCUACUCACACGCAGUGGGGACUUUCGCCUGAUUGCCUUGCGUAGUCUGACCAAAGUUCUUCCCUUCGUGGAUCUGAGUGGGUCUGAGACAUUGAAGAAAAGUACGGUGGCCUCUUGUCUCAAGUUGGUGGAGGAUGACGCUCGGGACAUACGAUUGGAAUGUUGCUCCCUGAUCCCGUGCCUGGUGACAGCUGAGGCCAGACUGCCAGUGGGGAAACCCUCGGUGAUGGACAACCAGAUCCUACAGCACCUGGAGCGCCUCUGCUCAAAGACUCAUCUGGGGAGACGAGAAAAGGCCUUUUUGGAGACAGCACUCACAGCCCUCGGCCAGUUUGGCAGAGUUGUGGAGGGCAGCCUGCUACAGUCGGUGGUUGUGAGGUUGCUGGAACAUCGGCUCAGUCGUCAGCUGAACAUCGCCUCUGUGGCCUUCACACAGCUGGAGCAAAUCGCAGCGCACAAGAAAGAGUCAUUGCAGCAGAUCUAUGUUCGUUUUAAGGGAGCCAUAUGCAAGUUUAUGGUGGAAGAGAUCUACGUGGACCAACAAAACACGGGAGGGACAAACGGCAAGAGCAUCUUGAUGAACAUUGCCAGGACACUAGAGGCUGACGAUCUGAAGGCAUUCCUUCAAGGAAAUGAGAAGUUCAUGGUGCCAUUCCUUGUGAGCAAAGGUUCUCCCGAGUCCACCAAACUUCUCAAGCUCAUCGCGGUUCUUCAGUCUUCCAGCAGCAGUCGGCGUUCUCUGUUGAUCAAUAACACCAAGUACAUUUUCUCUUACCUGGUCCGGUUCUGUCAGAAAGAGGAGAUGGAGAAAGCCUUUCUGUAUCUGCAGACGGAGACGGACUUCAGCCUUGGCAACCUGUUGAGACUGGACUUUCAGCGUGUCCACAAUGAGUUACUGCUUCACCUGUCCACUCAUCAUCAUCAGGUUUUCAGUGGACUUAAGACUCUAGCAACAUAUGAUGAGAAGUGCAAAAGUGCAGAGGAGAUUCAAACCUCGGAACAAAUGGCUUUGUACCUUGAGCCUCGUCUUCUGGGUGUCCUGGCGUUCUUCGACACACAGCUCAUGAACUCCAACAUCACCAUGGGGGACAAAGAACUGGCUUUGAAGAGUGUGAUCUCCAUCAUACAACUGAUGGGAUCGAAGCACAUCAGCACCAUCAGACACAAAGUUAUGAACACGCUCAGGCUUGGACUGCAGUUCACUGAGAAGCCGUUCACGGAAAUUUCUUGCAAGGCCUGGAACUGUUUUGUGAGGAGUCUGGAGCUGCCUCUGCUGGGUGUGAUGAUGUCACAGAUCAUAGCCACGCUGUUGCCGCUGCUGCAGUGUCUACCGGAGCAAGUGGCUCAGAUCUUUGACUACAUGAUAGUGGAGAACAGAGCUGUGCUGAGCAAACAUUUCCAUGAGAUCUACUUCCUUCCAGACAUUCCGGAGUUAACAGACGCAAAGAAGGUCCUGACACAGCAUGGGGACAGCUUUGAGAGUGACCGUGACCUGAGGCUUCUCCUAGCUCACUGCAUCAAGGGCGUCCAGCACGAGAGUCUGGACGUACGGGAACACGCUCUCUCCAAGCUCCGGAACAUUCUCAGGGACAAGCAGAUGGAGAUCAAGAACUACUUAUUGAACAACGAACAAGCAGAGCCUGUCAUUUCUCACUUGGUUUCAGCGCUUCUGAACGGGUGCAGAGACUCGGACUCCCGGACACAGAUCCUCUAUGGUCAUUGUUUGGGGGAGCUGGGAGCCAUUGAUCCUGGAAGACUAGAACUCAUCACCAACAAACCCAGCGUGAAGCUGGCCGACUUCCACGCCAGUAUUGACGAGGACAAGUUUGCCUUCAGCCUCAUCAACAUCGUGGUCAAAGCCUUUCUGGCAGCGACCGAGCCUAGAGUACAGGACUGUGCUGCUCUGGCCCUGCAGGAGUUACUUCAGAUCUACGGCAUCAGCGAGUCAGGAAGCACUCAGGGGGUUAGCCCACACAGCAGACUGUGGAAGAUGUUUCCGGAACAGACACAGGAGAUACUCAUCCCUCUGUUCAGCUCCAAAUACCGACUUACAGUUGAUACGGAUUAUGCAAAUUACCCAAAGCCACUAUAUGGGAGUGAGAGAGGAAAAAAUUUCAAGGACUGGGUCUCGAACUGGACAGGAUACUUAAGUUCCAAGGUAAAACCGGGCAAGGCGAGACAGGUGUUCACUGCGUGUAGUGCCACCAAACGUCACAGCAUGCAAGUGGCUCUACAUGUGUUGCCUCAUGUGGUCCUGCAAGUGUUACUGGACGGCUCAACUACUCACGUCAAACAGAUGUUUGAGGAGCUGAUGGAGGUUCUGAACUACAUGCAGAAGCCUGAGACCAGGCUUGAGAGCGCCUCCAACUUCCACCACCUGAGUGCCCAGACGGUCUUCUCUAUCCUGGACUAUCUGACCAUGUGGUGCAACCACCGGGCACAGAGCCUGGCUGCUACAACGACAGCUGCUGCCGCUGCCAAAGGCAUUAAUUACGAGAAAGACGCGGGGUACCAGGCUGUGCGCAGGUUCCUGGACAAAAUCCCGCAGGAGCUGUUUGCCCAGGCGUGCUACAACUGUAAAGCUUACACCCGGGCCCUCAGACACUUCGAGGUCUUCAUCACCACCACCAAGGACAUCCAGCCUCAUCUGGACUUCAUGCAGAGACUGUAUGUGUCCAUGGACGAGCCUGAUGGAGUGUUAGGUGUCGCGACAGUCCGCAUGUCUCAACCUACACUCAUGCAGCAGAUUCUCAUGUAUGAGAGCCUAGGCCUCCAACAAGACGCCCAAGCCUGCUGUGAGAUCGGGAUCCAAAUGGAGCCAGAAGAGAUCUCCCACUACCACGGUCUAUUACGUAGCCUCAUUGAUCUGGCACAGCCACACAACGCCCUGGUACACACUGCAGGUCUGCUGGCCGAGAGACCAAGAUGGACUGCAGAGCUUAACACGUACAGAAUUGAGGCGGCCUUGAAGCUGGGGAGCUGGGAUAAGCUGGAUGAAGCCCUCAAACACGAGAAGCAGUCAAGCAGGUCCUGGCCGGUUCUUGUUGGUCGAGUUCUUAAGGCUGCAAAAGAAAAAAGAGCUGCUGACUUCAUUGAGCAGCUAGAUCUCGCCCGUCGAGAACAGAUGGGACCCCUGUCUGCCGCUAGCAUGGAAAUUGGUUCUUAUCAUCGGGGCUAUGAAAACAUUCUCAGACUACACAUGAUCAGCGAGAUUGAGCAGUUCUUCCAAGUGGUGAGCGACUUCCCUGAGGAGCGACGGGACGAGAAGGACCUUGACAUUUCCUCCACACAGCUCCUGGACAGUUGGCAGUCCAGGCUUCAGAUGGCACAGUCGUCAUUUCGCUCCCAAGAGCCGAUUCUGACCCUGAGAAGGACCUUACUGUCUCUGGUACAGAGUGAGAGAGACCCCAGUCUGGACGUUCAGAUCGGGAAGUGGUGGUUAUGGAGUGCCAAAGUGGCCAGAAAGGCUGGAUACCUCCAAUCUGCAUACGGCUGCCUACUUCAAGCUAACUCUUACAACCUCCCAGAUUUCUUCUUGGAAAAAGCCAAAUGGUUGAGAGAAAAAGGUGAGCCAGAGGCUGCCAUCUCGUGCCUGGAGAAAGGAAUCACCGAGCACUUUGGUGGCAUGACUCAGCCAGGACAGAUAGAGGCUCUGAACCGACCGCUGAAAGAAGUCUAUGCCAAGUCUCUGCUGCUAUACGCGAAAUACAACGAGGAAGCAUCCAACCUGGAGACCAACUCUAUCGUGAAGCAGUACAAAGAAGUGUACGAGGUGUGCCCAGAGUGGGAGGACGGCUACUUCCACCUGGCCAAGUACUACGACCGCAUCAUGGUUACGUUUUUGGACGACAAGGAAAGAGCCGAGAAGCAAGGGGAGUUUGUAAUCCACGUGGUUCGGUUCUUCGGCCAGUCACUGAAGUACGGCAACGAGCACAUCUACCAGUCGAUGCCGCGUCUGCUCAGCCUGUGGCUGGACUCCGGCACGGCUGUGGCUGAGGCUGAGCGCAAGGACAAGGGGAAGGUCUCGUCGAAGCUACAGACCCUGCGCACGGUGCUGAACAGGAUCAACUCGAACGUGCAGCAGCUGAGCCAGCAGUUGGCCCCGUACCAGUUCUUCACGGCAUUUCCUCAGCUCAUCUCACGAAUCUGCCACGCCCGUGUAGAGGUAUUCCAGCUUUUGCAGGAUAUUAUUGCUAGUCUUCUCCUUCAGUACCCGCAGCAAGCGUUGUGGAUGAUGAUGGCCGUAUCCAAAUCCUCUUACCUCAUGAGAGUGAAGCGGUGCCAGGAGAUAUUUGCCACUGCUAUAGGAAAACAGCCAGAUCUGAACAAGUUCAUCCAGGAUUGUAAAAAGCUGACGGAGAGAUUGUUGGAGCUUUGUGAGAAGGAUUUUGGCAGUAACAUGACAGUCAGCUUGAGUCAGAUGUUCAAACCUCUAAAACGUCUCUUGGAGGGCAGCAACUUCAGCAAAAUCCUAUUGCCCUUACAGUCGGCUGUAACGGUGAACCUACCAGCGACAGUCGCCGAGGGUUUGAACCACAACCCUUUCCCUGAUGAUCAGAUCUACAUUCAAGGGUUUGAGGAUACGAUUGAAGUGCUGCCUUCUCUCCAGAAGCCCAAAAAGAUCACAAUGAUUGGCAGUGACGGCAAGCGAUACGUGAUGAUGUGCAAACCAAAGGAUGAUUUGAGGAAGGAUUGCCGUCUGAUGGAGUUUAACGCAAUUAUCAACAAAUUCCUACGCAGAGAUGCAGAGUCCAGGAAACGGCGUUUGUUGAUCAGAACUUAUACUGUGACACCCCUCAAUGAAGAGUGUGGGCUGAUAGAGUGGGUGAACAACACCACGGGUCUACGUCACAUCCUUGUGAAACUGUACAAGGAGAAGGGGCUGUAUAUGUCUGGGAAAGAGCUGAAGGCUCUGAUGCCUUCCCUACACUCCUCUCUAGAGACAAAAAUGACGAUCUACAAGGAGAAACUGCUGCCUCGUCACCCUCAGAUGCUGCCGGAAUGGUUCAUGAGGACAUUUCCCGACCCCACGUCAUGGUACAGUGCGAGAGUGUCGUACGCCAGAACGGCUGCUGUGAUGAGCAUCGUGGGAUACAUCCUGGGUCUGGGCGAUCGGCAUGGAGAAAACAUUCUCUUUGACUCUCACACAGGGGACUGUGUGCAUGUGGACUUCAACUGUCUCUUCAACAAGGGUGAAACUUUUGAGUGGCCUGAGAGGGUUCCCUUCAGACUGACCCCAAACAUGACUGCAGCUCUGGGGCCACUGGGCUAUGAGGGCUUGUUCCGGCGGGCCUGUGAGAUGACGCUGCAGGUGAUCAGAGACCAGAUGGAUCCGCUGAUGAGCGUCCUGAGGCCAUUCAUCUACGACCCCUUGGUGGAGUGGAGCAAGCCAGUCAAAGGUCAAAGGUCGAACGCCUCAGAUUCUGGGGAAAUCAACAAUGAGCAGGCUUUGAACCACGUCCAGAACAUUGAGGACAGAAUGCGAGGCAUCCUGAAGACAAAGGCCAAACCUCGCUGUCUUCCCCUCUCCAUCAAGGGACACGUCAACUAUUUGAUUCAGGAGGCCACGGAUGAGAAAAACCUGUGCCAGAUGUACAUUGGCUGGGCUGCCUACAUGUGAUGGCUUGCCUCUUCAGCUGCUUGUCUCCCACUGGGGGGUGGGUGGAAAAGUGUGUGUGUGCGGGAGG